CUGUCAUACGGUCAUUGUUGUUGGUUUUAUUUUCCUUCUGACGUCUUGCCUUGCAGUAAUUAUUUUACGAUUUUACGUGAUUAUCCUCGAGAUUUACAGCUGCUGAAUCGUGAUAGCUCGUGAUAUUCAAGAUGAUACAGCCGGACUACCCGUCAGCCUUGGGCUUGCUGGCUCAUUUGAACUCAGACGAGCUUAAAGAAAUGUUAAAUGAUGACGCUAAAUUCGACAGUGUACUGAAGGAUGUAAAACAGGUCAAAGAUUGGGAGACAGAGCGGGAGAUGACAAUAGCCAGCAACAGAUCUCUGGCAGAGUUCAACCUGGGCAAGGAGCCAGAGCUUGAGGAGGCAAAGGCUCAGGUCCAGGAGAAGUCGGAGAUGGGAGAACAACUGUGCUCUCGUAUUCAAGAACUGCUGGAGGAAUAUAAAACAAAAUCGGCGGGCAUAUCACCAGACACAACUCAAGCUCUACUUCAAACAGCUGCCGCAGAAUCCGAGGAGCAAUCGGAGAAUCUAGCACAAGACUUCCUCUCAGGGAAGAUAACCGUUGAGAAAUUCCUUGAAGACUUUGAACCAGCUCGCAAGAACAUGCAUUUAAGGAAGUUCAAAGCCGAGAAAAUGGCUGAACUGCUCAGGUCUGGAAAUCAGAAUUCAUUCGGUAACGGAUAUGCUAAACCGUACCUGCCAUACCCAAGCUAUGGGCAGCCUCAGGGAGUUCCUAAUGUGCCAUACCCCAUGGGACCACUGAACAUGCCAAUGCCGGGCAUGUAUGGUAACCACUUCUGAAGUCAGAGUGUUCAUAGAUCUUGUUUUCAUAGAUGUUCAAUUUUUAGAUUGAAACUAUAAAUAUAAAUCAAAUAUUGUUUUAUAGUGACUUGUUGUGCCAGUAUUGGCCUCACUUUAAAAUAUCUAUUUUAAAAAUAUAAUUCUAUCAUGUCAAGAUUGAUUGAUUGACUGACUGAUUGAUAACCUAAAAUGUGUCAAAAGGAACAGAAACAAAAAACCUGUGUUAUUCAAGCACUUGUUACAUAAUUGAAAAUCAAUUUAGACCUUUGAUUGUAUUGGAGUUGUAAAAAAACCUCUAUAUGACAGUUGUCAUUUGAUUGCCUUAGUUAUGAUUUAACCUUAUGUAUGAUUUUUUAAAUUUUGUAUUAUCUAAAAAUGCAUUGCACCUUUAAUCUAGAAAAAAACGUUAGGAAUUGUUUAGUGACCAUUACAUUCAGCAAUCACACAAAAUUUUAAAUAGCGUAAAUGAAAUACUCUUAUAAUAGAAAAUCAUAUAUGUGCAUAAAAUAGAUGGAUAUAUCGCACCAUUAGAUAAUAGAGCCAUUCAAUGCAAAACCUGAAAUGCUGUUAUCAAUCUAAAGAUUUUUUUUUUUUUGAUUGAUAAUAACAUUUCCUCCUAUGUGCUAAGACUAACCGAAAAAUAACAUAGAACUUAUCAAAAUAUAAUCUGUAAUUUGUAUAAAACAUACAUUCAUUAAAAACUACUUGAAUAUUUGAACGGCCGUCAAUCGACCAUACAGGUUGAUAAAUAUGAAUGUUAAUAGGUGUUUUUAGUUAUACAACCUGUGAAGUGUCAAUUCUAAUUAUUCACAUUUUAAUGACGUAUUUGCGACGAAUUCUUAUGUCUUUCCUAUCAAUCAUUUGAUUGAUUGAUUGAAGAAUCGGAUAAUCACGGUAUGGAACCGGCAUUAAGUGAGAAUUCGGGGUUAUUAUAGGGAAUAGUUAUUUCAUUGAUUAUUUUAAAAGAUAAACUGUCCGCUUGAUGUU